AUUGAUCGACCAGAGCGGCAGCAUGAAGCGGAGCCGGGCCGGGGCCGGCUCCGAGGACAGCGAGCUGGACCAGCCCGCCGAUGGGGAGAAGGAGCCCUCCCAGGAGGAGGCCCCGGGCGUGGGGGUCCCGGGGGUCCCGGGGGUCCCGAGGAGACCGGCCAACCCCGGGGACCCCCUACAACCGACACCCCUCUCCCGCCUCCCUGCCAGAAACCCCGGACCCUUGUCCCCCACCGCAUCUUCGCACGUCUUGGCCAGGAAGCGGCGCAGAGGCAUCAUCGAGAAGCGCCGCCGAGACCGGAUCAAUAACAGCUUGUCCGAGUUGCGGAGGCUGGUGCCCAGCGCCUUCGAGAAGCAGGGAUCGGCGAAGCUCGAAAAAGCGGAGAUCCUGCAGAUGACCGUGGACCACCUUAAAAUGUUGCAUACGGCGGGGGGGAAAGGCUACUUUGACGCGCACGCCCUCGCCAUGGACUACCGGAGUCUGGGCUUCCGGGAAUGCCUGGCCGAAGUGGCCCGCUACCUGGGCCUGAUGGAGGGCCUGGACCCGGCCGACCCCCUGCGAGCGCGCCUCGUCUCCCACCUGCACCACUACGCCUCCCAGAGGGAAGCCGCGGCCCCCUGGGGCGGGGGCUUCGGGCCGCACCCGCCCCUCGCCCACCCGCUACUGCCGUCCCCGGGGGGCCGUGGCCACGCCAGCCCCACGGCGCUGCCCGCGGAGCCCCAGACCCCGGCCCGGAUUAGCUCCUCCUGCCCGGAAGCCGCGUCUCCAAGGAUGCCCCUCGGCGGGGGCCUGGGACCAUCUCCGAGGGUGACCCCCGCGGGGGGCCUGGGACCGCUGCUCCCUGGGGCCACCUCAGCCUCCAAACUCGCUCCACCUUUGCUGUCCUCCGUGGUGUCCCUGUCCGCCUUCCCCUUCUCCUUCGGCGCCUUCCACCUCCUGGCCCCUAACGCCCUGAACCCCUCUGUCCCGACGCAGGCGGUAGGCCUGGGCAAGCCCUACAGACCCUGGGGGACAGAGAUCGGGGCCUUUUAGAGGACUGGUGCUUGGCAG